AUGCGAUGCUGCCGACUAACCAGCAGCCUGCUGAAUUUGGCGUCUGGCUAUGCGUUCAACCGGAGCCUAGAGGGCAGCCGACUACCAAGCAGCCUGCGGAGUUUGGCAUUUGGCUACGCGUUCAACCGGAGCCUAGAGGGCAGACGACUACCAAGCAGUCUGCGGAGUUUGGUGUUUGGCUAUGCGUUCAACCGGAGCCUAAAGGGCAGACGACUACCAAGCAGCCUGCGGAGGUUGGUGUUUCUAGAGGGCAGACGACUACCAAGCAGCCUGCGGAGUUUGGUGUUUGGCUAUGAGUUCAACCGGAGCCUAGAGGGCAGCCGACCAAGCAGCCUGCGGAGUUUGGUGUUUGGCUAUGCGUUCAACCGGAGCCUAGAGGGCGGCCGACUACCAAGCAGUCUGCGGAGUUUGACGUUUGGCUAUGCGUUCAACGGGAGCCUGGAGGGCAGCCGACUACCAAGCAGUCUGCGGAGUUUGACGUUUGGCUAUGCGUUCAACGGGAGCCUGGAUGGCAGCCGACUACCAAGCAGCCUGCGGAGUUUGGCUGUUGGCUAUGCGUUCAACAGGAGCCGACUACCAAGCAGCCUGCAGAAUUUGGCGUUUGGCUACGGUUUCAACUGGAGCCUAAAGGGCAGCCGACUACCGAGCAGGUUGCGGAAUGUUGCGGAGAUUGGCGUUUGGCUACGCAUUCAACCGGAGCCUAAAGGGCAGCCGACUGAAGGACAGACGACUCCAAGCAGCCGGCAGAGCUUGCUGGGUUACCGCAGAAAGAGGGUCUACCAGUCCAAAACCGUCGGCUCCUUCGACAACAAGUACCUCCUUCACGUCCAUGAAACCGUGAAGGAAGCCGAGAAAGCCUUCGCCGAAUGCGGCGAAGAGUACCAGUGGGGAAUAUUGCUGAGCUAA